UAUAUAAGAUUUUCUUAGUAACUUUCUUAAAUCAUGCCACCAAAAAAGAAAGAAAUCGAUUUAAAAAAUUUGGAUCUUACCCAUAUUUACACCCCAGAAGAGAUUGAACACAUUAACAAUCAUCUUAAAACUCGUAUUAACUUUGAAAAUGGAAGGCUACUUCCUAUUCCACAAUCUCCAAUUGCUAAUGAGGCUGUUGUACAUGAAAUUUCUAGACAACUUGGUAACUGGAAUGUUGAAACUGGUCAAAAUGGUAUUGUUACUACAUCUCAAGGAGGUUAUAAUUUUAGUGUUAAAGGCCAGAGUAAGAUUCGGGCACCUCAUAUUGCUUUUAUACCCGAAAAUAUUUAUAACUCACUUAGUAAAUUUCAGCUUUUGACUUUUUUUGGCCUACCUUUUACUCCCAUAUUUGUUACUGAGGUUGUAAAUGUUUCAAAGGAAG